GUAUACUUUUAUGAUAUAGUUUGUAUACUUUAUAUUGUUGAUUUGUAAAGGAAUUCACAACGAUAUUGUAAGUAGUUGUAUUUUGUAUACAUGGUAAUAUUAGUUUGUACAUAUUUGUGAUAUAAUUUGUACACUUUUAAAUAACAUAGUAUUAAUUUUUCAUUAUAAUGUUUGUAUAUGAUGUAUUUUUACUUUGUAUAUUUUUCUGGUAUGAAUUGAACAUUUUGUAGAAAAACAUUGAUAAAAAAAAGAAACAAAGAAGAGGCACGUGAGUGGGAUGGUUAAAAUCACUUAUUAGUGAUUAAUAAAGAAAGAAUCAGUGUAAUGGGAAAAAAAAUAAAGAAGAACAAGCUGAAUUAUGAAAAAAGAAGGAGACGUGCGCGGGCUGUGGCCCGUGGGGAAAUAAAACAAUAAAAUAAUGAAUUUUUAUGAUAUCAUAACUACCAUUUUCAUUAAUUAAAUAUCCCUUCCCAUUUUUUAACCAUUAGAUUAAUGGGUCCAGAUCUAAGGGUUAUGAGAGAUUUAGUCACUUGACUAAGCACCCCCAUUAGUCACAGGAUCCGCACUCAGAGAUUUGGGGGAAAGAAAGAAUCGGGGAAAGAAUAAUAAAUUUUUUUUACGGAGCUAUUUUAAACGUUGAAAUACAAUUAACAAUCAAUGGGGGGAUUAAUGAGAGAAGAGUUAAUUUUCGAUGCAAUUAGAUGCGCCCCUUUCUGUCUGCAAUUAUUUAAUUACCAUAAUUGCCUUAGUUAAUUUUGGGCGACCCUCUGAAACUAGGACGCCCUCUAGGACAUGCAGCACACGAGAGAUGAUGGUUAAGUUAGAAAGUUAGAUAAUUUAAGAUUUAAAAUAAUAAAGGGCAAAAAUGUCAUUUUAUUUAAAACCACAGGCGGCAAAUAGCAGUUCAUAAAAAAAUUAGCUUGUACAAUAUCAAUUAAUUAUCAGAAAUUCAAUGGAUUUAUAAGGGCAGCUCAACAUUAAAUUUGUGACACUUGCGAUGUGAGGAUCUUGCCAUGAAUGAUAAGUAACAAGUCAUGUGACUAGGUCUAUGGAGGCCCUUAUGAUCGUUUGAUUGGUGGGUAUACCAUACAACUUUCAUGGCAUGAGUAGCUGACUGGGUGUCUGACAUGGAUUGUUUACCAUCCAUGCCACUCAAUCCAAUUGGGCUUACCUGUUGAAAGAUCUAGGUGGAUGUUAUAUGAUCGAUUGAUCAAUGCCUAGAAUUUCGAGCCCUAUGUCUCCUCCCUUUGGGACAUGAGGUGUCAACUAGUUUCAAGGGUAACCGACCACCAUGAUGGUCAGCAUGCCAAUCCUUCCUCGCCCUAGGCCAUGGCACAAUAUCGUCUUGAUGCCUUAUGGGCGUGGUUUCCGUAGCUAACUAGGACAUGGAUGAGUAUCUCAACUAGUGGAUUGGCCGCAUUCGAGCUGGCCAAAUAAGUUAAUGAUAUAAGUCCUUGUCCCAAUCAAGUGUGGUGCUUGCCUGCUUGGUCAUGUCAGAUUAGGUGGUGGUGGGGGGGGGGGGGGGGGGGGGGGGGGAGGAUUCCUAAUUUUUAGCCUCUCGUCCUUUUGGCUACGGGAAAAAAGGAACGAUCAUGAUUCGGGUGAUGAUAAGGGGACACAAGCUUGUUUUAGUUGGUCUGUGGGCCGAGUACGGACGUUUUGCGGCCUAGGAUUACUAGCCCUGGUCAUUUGCCUGGAUUUAUAACUUGAAAACUCGAUCAAGAGUUCUAUUUUCAUUGAUUAGGCCGGUAUCAGCGCUCGCCCAAGCUUUAUACACAAAAGGAGCCGAAUAGGAGAAGGAAACAAAAAAAAAACUUCCUCGUGUUUUUCUCCAUUUAACACUGAGCUGAGACAUUAAAAAAAUGGGCAGAUCAUAAAUUUUAGCUCCUGGCUUGUUGGUACCUAAACAAUCACUAGAGUUUCUCUAACUUGCUGCUUUGUAAGUCGAGUAGGAAGAAAGAAAAUUUAUUCGGCUUGGCUUGGCUUGGCGGCCUCACUUAUGGGUUUCUUUGGGAGUAGUAUCUUCAAAUGUAAUAUGUUUAACUUAUUUGCUCGUAUGAUUGUGUAGUAUAUAUUUUAUAAUAUUGAUGUCCUCUAUUUAUUAGUGAUUCUCAUUUGAAAGCAUUAUUUUAUAUUUGUGAUUUGUAUUAAUAGUGAUUAACAAUUAUAAAAUUUCUAAAUCACUACUGAACAUAAUUAAAACAAUACAAGAAAAUAUAAAAUUACUACUAUAAACUACAAAAAUCACUACUAAUUUAAGCAGAAGCAACUUUUCUAUAAUGAUUUUUUUUUCACGUUGAAAAUCCCUAUUAGAAAGAGGAGAUAGAUAUUUCAAAUAUUAAUUAAUUUAAUAAUUUUUAAUUUUUAAAAUACCGAAUAAACCCUUCCUUACUCUCCCAUCGUCAGAUGUAAUUAAUGGUAAUUAUAAUAGUUAGCACUCUGCCUUGCAGCACCACCACAUUACCACAACUAUUUUCUUCUCUCAUACUCCUCCAAGGAUACGUAAACUACUUGGCGAUAGGAAAAUGUCUUACCUCGCAAAUAUCUUUAACCUAACCGUUCAUCCAUCAUCCGUCGAAAUUGCACAAACAAUAUAACUUGUACAUUGGAUUUGGUUUGGCCCAAUAAUUGGGAUAUCAACGAGCACAUGGUAACUCUCUGAGGGUCGUUUGCAUGAGUCAUUUACAAAAUGAGAUAUGUGUCUAAAUAUAGGCAUUGCAAAUGCAUUGUUUGUUUAAAAGUUUUUAGAUGGGUCAUUUUUAAAUGAGUUAUUUGUGUAAUGUUACCAUUUUUCCCUUACAUGUAAUAUGUUUCGUUAUUUUAUUUUUUAUUAUAAUAAAACCAACCACAUAAACAAAAUCAUUUUUCAACCAACUAAGCAUUAUUUGGGUGUUUUUCAUGUAUAAUACUAUCUAAAAUUAAAUAAUAAUUACAUCUCUACUUUCUUUAUAAAAGAUAACUCCUCCAUAAGUCUCGAAGUUUAAGCUAAUUACAAAUGGUUGUGUUUGUGAACGAAAAUGAUGUACCAUUACGUAGAUGACCGACCCUCUUCACCGUUAAUGAAAUUUGGGAGAAAGUAAAAAUAAUUCACAGAGAAGACGUAGCAAUGACAUAAAAAAAACAAAUAAUAGAAAGAGAAGGAUAAAAGUGGGCUUACAUAAAAUAGAAAGGACAUGAUUGAAACAUUUGAACUAAAUAAUAAGUCAUAUGAAAAUUACUCGAUAGAGUCAUUUUGAGACUUUCGUAUGGACGAAAUGACUCAUACAUUUUUUCUCGUUAAUAAACGAGUCAAUUGACAUCAAAGGAGUCUAUUGGUACCAAAAGACUCAAGCAAACUACCGUUUGACAAAAACUUUUCGCGACGAAGGAAACGAGGUUAGUAGUAGGCCCCCGCAUUGUGCGCCAAUCCAAACCACCAGUAGUCGUCAACAAACAUUUUUUAUCCGCCAAAGCCAAACACAGCCGGCGGUCUAAUCAUUUCCUUAGUUUCCGUUCCCAUAUACAGUCAGACCGCUCCAGUCUCGCCAUAUCCAAUUCGAAUCCACAGCUGCGGCAACCGAUCGCAAGGAAAGGAGAAAGAAAAAACCCGUCAUCGAUUUCAACUCUCGAUCGUUUCAGCAGUCAGUCAGUCAUCUACCAAGUCACGACGACGAUGGCGGCAGAGUCACCUUUCAGGCCGGAGAUACUCAAGGGGAAGGUGGCUCUGUUGACUGGAGGCGCCUCUGGGAUCGGCUACGGGAUAUCCCUCGAGCUCGGGAAACACGGCGCCUCCAUCGCCGUCAUGGGCCGCCGCAAACACAUCGUCGAUUCCGCAGUCUCGUCCCUCCGAUCCCUCGGCGUCCCCGCGACGGGGUUCGCCGGAGACGUUCGGAAUAGAGAAGACGCGGCCAGAGCAGUGGAAGGGACGGUGAAGCAUUUUGGGAGGCUUGAUAUCCUCGUCAACGCCGCAGCUGGGAAUUUCCUCACGCCGGCCGAGCAUCUCUCUCCUAAUGGCUUCAAAACAGUGAUGGACAUCGACGCCGUCGGGACAUUCACAAUGUGUCACGAAGCAGUGAAGUAUCUGAAGAAAGGAGGAGAAGGCAAAGACCCUUCGCACGUUGGUGGCACCAUAAUCAACAUUAGCGCAACUCUACAUUACACUGCAACUUGGUACCAAAUCCAUGUCUCUGCUGCCAAGGCAGCAGUGGACAGCGUAACACGCAGCCUGGCGCUGGAGUGGGGAACAGACUACGACAUAAGAGUGAACGGGAUCGCUCCAGGUCCGAUUCAGGACACUGCUGGUGUCAGCAAGCUGGUGCUGCCCAACAUAACCAAAGAGAACGACCCGCUGUUCCGGCUGGGGGAUAAAUGGGACAUCGCCAUGGCAGUACUCUACCUAGCAUCUGAUGCAGGGAAAUUCGUGAACGGGACGACUAUGGUGGUGGACGGAGGGCAGUGGCUGAGCAAACCCAGGAGUUUGGCGAAGGAGGAUGUGAAGCAGCUGUCGAAAGUUGUUGAGAAGAGGUCAAGAGAGGUACCAGUUGGCGUCCCAAAGAGCAACCUGUGAGAAACAUCAUCAUCGUCUCGUCCUUUCUUCUCUACUGGCGUUUCCCGAAGAAAAGGAAUAGAUACAAAGAAUGGCACAUCACCAUCCUCAUGAUUCCUGAUUAUUGUUGCCUUCUUCCACAGAAACGGACUACCGUUUUUCUUUUGUCUUGAUUACUGUUUUUAAUAAGGUCUUUGUUUAGAUGAAUAUCAUCCUCCUAUGGAUGCUACUAGUCCUAUUUUCCAUUGCCUCAUCAACACAAGAAGCUGGAGUUCACAUUACAAACCUUAUUGAUACUCAACUUCCAACAAAUCUCUUUGCAACAAACUCACAAUGGUCGCAAACACAGAUGUAGAAGGAGAAUCCUGAAGGCCAUUCAUCCCUUAAUCACAGAGAAGAAUGGAAGUUCUACAUUACGAAUUCGGCUUAUACUAUUCGUUCAAUGCCUCGUUUUUUUCUACCUCCGAAAUGAACUCACCCUAACCACUAAUUGAGCAAGACUAACAUUCAAUCUGAUAGGCGAAGAUGAAACUAUCAACCACAUGGAACUCAAUCAAAUCCUCCUGGAGUU